GCAAGUGCAAACCCAACGCGGAGAAUUCGUUUUUUUCUAAAGGGGCGUAUUUUUCUUGCCCAAUUUAAUAACAAACCAACGUUCAAUGCACACGAUACACUCUGCAAUAAUGUCAAAGGACUAUUUGCAACAUUUUAGCACGAUGUCAAGGUAAUAUUAUUGUGUGGAUAGCUAGGAGGAGUGUUUCGAAGCGUUUUUGUGGGAAGUCGCUUCAAUGGAGGGCUGAGGUAACCCGUCUUGCUACAGAAGAGGACGCUGUCGUGCCUGGAUAUGACCGGCAUUCCCUGUCGUUUCGUGUAAUCGAUAAAAAGAGUAUCAACCUCAAUGAGGAAGUUUAAGAAGCGAGUCGGCCAGUCAAAGGCUGGAAAGGCAGCGGUCAAAGGAAGGAAUCAGGACCCGGAUGGUCAAUCCAGCCAUGGUGAUGUGGAAGCUUUUUUCUGUCCACCCUCUCCAUGCAGACUGAACUUCUCUACGACCAGAGACACUCUUACGUACGCACAGGCUCAGAAAAUGGUUGAGAUUGAGCUGGAGGGAAGGCUCCACCGUAUCAACAUAUGCGACCAUCUCUCUGUCGUAACCGAGGAUGAGAUGCUAGCCCAGGAUCUCACCGAGUGCAACAGCAACAAAGAAAACAGUGAGCAGAUCCUGAGUCGAGCCAGGCAGGGAAACAAACAAGCUGUUUUAAAAAGCAAGAAGAAAGAUGGCAAACAUGCAGCUAAAAACCGAAAAUCUCAGUGUGGCUCACAAAGUCAUGUCCAUUCAACGCAUCACACCCACGUACAAAGCCCCUUGCCCAAGCCUAUUUUUCGUAAGAUAGAGUCUUUCACCGCCCCACAGGUCCCUCCCCUUCCUGUAGCUUAUUAUCGUUACAUAGAGAAGUCUGGGGAGGAGUUGGACAAUGAGGCUGAGUAUGACAUGGAUGAGGAGGACAUGGCUUGGCUAGAGAUGGUCAACCAAAAACGCGUGUCUGACGGUCAUGCUUCAGUCCCUCCUAACACAUUCGAACUACUGAUUGACAGACUUGAGCGAGAGUCCAUUUUAGAGUCUCGCAGUCAGGCGCUGUCGCAAAGCACCAUCGACGAGGACGCCUACUGUUGCGUGUGCCUCGACGAUGAGUGUCUCAACAGCAACGUCAUCCUGUUCUGCGAUAUCUGCAACCUCGCCGUGCACCAAGAAUGUUACGGAGUGCCCUACAUCCCAGAGGGCCAGUGGCUGUGCAGGCGCUGCUUGCAGUCCCCAUCACGUCCCGUGGAUUGCGUCCUCUGUCCAAACCGCGGAGGUGCGUUCAAACAAACUAGCGAUGGAAACUGGGCCCAUGUCAUUUGUGCCAUAUGGAUUCCUGAAGUGUGCUUUGCCAACACUGUGUUCCUGGAGCCCGUGGAAGGAGUGAAAAACAUUCCUCCCGCAAGAUGGAAACUCACUUGUUACCUGUGUAAACAGAAAGGCAGGGGGGCGUCUAUUCAGUGCCACAAAGCAAACUGCUACAGGGCGUUUCAUGUUACCUGUGCCCAGAGAGCCGGGCUCUAUAUGAAAAUCGACCCCGUGCGUGAGACCGGCACUAAUGGGACUACUUUUACUGUGAAGAAGACGGCAUUCUGCGAGAACCACUCUCCCCCUGGCACGGCCAGCAAUGGGGAUGACGACAGCGGGUUGGUCGGAGGCAGGGGUAACAGAGGUCAAAGGUCAUACACAUUAGGCCCUCCACUGCAGCAGAACCAAAAUGGGCGUAAAAAAGGUUCAGCUACGCAACAAAAGAAAACACGGAAGAAUGCGCCCGGGAGCUCACGAAAGACAGGAAUACCGCUUCUUCUGGUGCCACAGAUCCCGUCUUUUAGGCUCAACAAGAUUUGCACAGGAGUGUCUGUUGAGAGGAAGAAUCAAUUCAUGCAAAGACUUCACAACUACUGGCUGUUAAAACGUCACUCUCGUAACGGAGUGCCGCUCAUACGUCGACUGCAUUCGCAUCUACAGGCUCAGAAGUCAGAGCAGAGAGAACCAGAUGCAAAGUUGCAGGCUGUCAGAGAGGAGCUGAAGUACUGGCAGAAGCUACGUCAAGACCUGGAGAAAGCUCGACUACUCAUUGAGCUCAUACGAAAGCGAGAGAGACUUAAAAGAGAACAGAUGAAACUUCAACAGGCUGCUCUGGAGCUACAGCUCACCCCGGCGCUGGUGUUUCUGCGCUCUACACUGGAACAGCUACAGGAGAAAGACACAGAUCGCAUUUUUACCGCACCUGUCAGUCUGAAGGAGGUUCCUGAUUAUCUGGAGUUUGUUUCGGAGCCGAUGGACUUCUCUGCCAUGCAUGACAGGCUGGAGGCUCAUAAAUACUCAUCGGUGGCUGAUCUGGAAAACGAUUUUAAUCUCAUGAUAUCCAACUGUCUGGAGUACAACUCCAAUGACACUGUGUUCCACACGGCUGCCGUGCAGCUGCGGGAAGUGGGAGGGGCUAUCCUGAGACACGCCCAACAUCAAGCUCUUAGCAUAGGCCUUGAUCCCAUCACAGGCAUGCACCUUCCAGAGAAGCCUAGCACACAUGGCUCUACAGUCUCCUGGUGGGAUGAAGUUGAUCUGCUCCUUGAUCCCGAAAACCGGGUUCACUUGUCUCCAGAGGAACAGCUGAAACAUCUCCUGGACAAACUGGAUCUUGUGUCGUCCAUGCGCACCAGCGGUGGCCGGACAAAACGUAUGCGUCUGCUGCGAAGAGAAAUCAACAGUCUCCGUCAUAAGAUCAGCCACCAGGGCCGCAAGUCACGACUGCUGAACGGAAAACUUAAAAAGGAAAAGAAUAAAGAGGAAAAAUGUGAAAACAAAAUGGAUUUUAUAACCUCCAAUCCAGUCACCAAGAAAACAUCAUCACAAAAAGCUCAAGAACCCACUUGUCCAGCGUCUUCACCUUUACCUGGUGACGCUCCACCAAAUCCACCAAUGUUCAACCUUGAGACAGGAAAAACCACAACAGCAGGACAGUCAAAUAAAACAGGCAGCAGAAGACAAAGAGGGAAAGCAAAAGAAAGAGGACAUAGUGAAGAUCCAACUAUAGAGAACAGCCAUACAAAGAAACAUGAAGCAUCCAACCCAAAGGAGGAGGCGUUUAACAAAACAUCCUCUCGAGAGAGUUCCUCCUCCUCCCUUAAGAUGGGUGUGGGUCGUCGGACAUCUGUCCUCUUCAAGAAAGCAAAAAACGGAGCCCGAUUGACAAAAGAAAAGUCUGUGUUAUUGCACAACGGAGUCAGCAAAGUAGAAAAUGGUGUCACACCACUUGAGCAUAACAUUCGAUCCAAAUCCCCCUCUCCGUCACCGCACCAACUGAGAUCCAGAGGACUAAGCAUGUGUUCGGACGGCGAAGGUGAAAAGUCCCACUCGCUGCCUGAAGAGAACGGCUUGACAAAUGGACUCAAGAGACACAAUGGCAACUCAUCAGAUUCGGAAAGCUGCACUCCCACUUUCACAACACACAGUUCUUCACCUCCAAAACGCAGUCGUGGUAAACCAGCCCUGAGCAAAGUUCCUGUUAGUGAGGAAGGAAAUGGAGUUUCUAAUACAAGCAGAGCUGUUUCUCAAAAGUACGAAGAGAUGGAGCCUCUUACUUUGGUUUGGGCGAAAUGUCGUGGCUACCCCUCAUACCCUGCAAUGAUUGUCGAUCCUAAAAUGCCCCGGGAAGGAAUUCUUCACAACGGGAUUCCCAUCCCAGUGCCUCCUAAAGACGUUUUGGUUUUAGGCAGACGCAGACAGGACGAGACUUAUGAGAAGCUCUUUCUUGUGCUCUUUUUCGAUACAAAGAGAACCUGGCAGUGGCUGCCAAUGGACAAGCUCCAUCACAUGGGCAAUGACGACACGGUUGACCGACUUCGUCUGAUGGAGGGCAAGAAACCGAAUGUGCGAAAGUCCGUGCACAAGGCUUACGACAGAGCAAUGACACAUCUGAGUCACGUGAAGGAAAACUCAACCUUUAACCCCUCGAAUUUUAUAUAAAGCACUUGAAUAGAAAAUGUAUGUCUACUGAUAUAUAUUAAUGAAGGUAUAUGGUAUGAAGAUAUGUGAAUGUUAAUUUUCAAUUUUAAUAUAAUUCUUGUCAUCGUUUUCUCUUAAAAAAUUUUACUGUCUAUGACUAUGUCUGGUUUUAUUAAAUUCAUUCAAAGCA